AUGAAUUCAGCUAGACGAGUACAAGUUUUACGGAUACUAGAGACGCUGAUACCAUCGUCGGGACCUCAUAAGAGGCCGAUGUGUAGACCAAUUCCUUCGGCCAUCAUUUGCCAAGUUCGCUAUUAUGACAAGAGACAUUAUCAAAAGCAGAAGAAAGCUCUCAAGGCAUCUAGGAACCAGGACAAUAUCACGUUUGCAGAUGCAAUGGAUACCUUUAGGAUAUAUUGUCUCGGGGAAUCACGACCUAUAACGCUACACACCCAGCUGGUUAAAGCUGAAGAAACUACCGACAAACCCAAACUCAUUCGAGGAGAUGUUACUCUUCCACAUCUUGUAGAAGAUGAGAGCAAAACAUCGACAGAGCGGAUAUUGGUGUUUGCUAGAGGUGAUGAUGCUGAACAGGCAAAGAAGUUGGGUGCUGCUAUCGUUGGUGCUGAAGAUCUGUUUCCUCAGAUCCAAGGCGAUUUGCUAAUGUUCGACAAGGUACUUUGUACCAAGGAAUUGUUUAAUUUGGUGAUUCAGAACGUGGCGAGGCAUUUGGGGCCUAAAGGGUUGAUGCCUAGUCCUGGCAAAGGAACUGUUGGAGACGACUUGAAUGUCAUGUUCAAGAAUUUGAGUCGGGUUACCAAGUAUGAGGCUGAUGAGGAUGCAACCAUAUCUGUCGUUGUUGGGAACACAUCGUGGUCUGACAAGGACUUGUUUGACAACACAAACAUAGUGCUCCAGUCCAUACUAGUUUCGAAGCCAACGAAAACCACCAUUCCGGAUUUUAUCAAGUCGAUAGUCUAUGCUGCUCCACGCGCCCCAGGAAUGAUUUUGCCUCUUAAACCGUUUAAUCUGGUUUCAGAUAAAGCCAAAAAGGAAACCUCCAUGUUGCAAAAGUUAGGCAUUAUUGUAAACUGA